AUGAUGCCAUUUCAAAAGGAAAAUUCGCCAUUCAGAUCCAGCCCCGUUUCCAGAGUGGCAUCUUCAACGCGAUUGAACCAACUAGCGCAAGAAUCAAGAGGGUCUUUGAACAAUAACUCGAGGCCGUCUACACCCACAGUAUACGUUUCCUCUUCGUUGAACCCUUCAAAAUAUGCUUCGACUAGUCAAGAUAAUACAGAUGAUAAAACGCGGUCGAGUGAAGAGCUUGCUGCAUUCAAUAUGCUACCGAUUGUUUCAAAGAUUGGUGAUUUUCGAGCCGCUUUAGAUACGUUGAGCAAUGGGAUUUCACAUUAUAAAGAGGACGAAUUUUAUACGAACGUAGAGAGAAUAGUCGAAACGAACACGAGCCUUGAAAAGGAAAUCCACGAACUAAGUAAGCACAAAGAACGUGGCCGAGAGGUUAACAACCUCUCAAAACACAAUAAAGGUCUUGAGAUUAAAUUGAAGGAAUAUUUGCGGGAAUUGGUACAGGUCCGAAGUGAGCUAAAGAAACUACCCAAGACCAAAAAUGAAUUCGAUUCUGUCCUGGUAGAUGCGGAAUCCACAGCAGAUGUGGAAAGUAUAUUGAAUUAUUCCAUGAAGCUAGCCAAGUUUACCAAAGCUCCUGCCGCUGUAGGAAACUUGCCUUUUCAAAUACAUCCUAAUAACUACAUAUGGCCCGCCGAGGAUUCGUUGAGACGCGGAAUGCUUGCAAUGAGUUCAUUACAUGCAAAUGAGAUAAUUAAAUCAGAGUUACUGGAUGGGGAAACCACUAAGGAGGAGGAACCAGAGGACGUGAACGAAGGGGUUGAAUCCAACGAGCCUAGUAAAGAUCACUUGGCUAGGAGGGAUUCCCACACUUCAGAUAAAGCCUACAGCUCCUCUCAAAAAGAGGAAAAUGUAUCACAAGCCGAUCUCAACUUGGACUUAUUUGAUCCUGAUGACGAAUAUUCUGAUUAA